AUGACACCAAACGUUACACCUAGGAGAGAUGCUUCACCUCCCCCGCACAAAAGCGUAACUGCUUCACGCGAAAAAGAAGCCUCCACAUCUACAACAGGAGAGGCACCACCGGCAGUAAAAAGACUACUGGAAGAGUGGCUAACAAGCACUCUGAACAACAUACUUGAUAAACCCACUCAAAGGGAGAAUAGAGACAUUGCACACAUAGAUGUCACGACAAUCGCUGGCGAACAAGAUGAUCCCCGCACAGGUAACACUCAUACUACUGUUGAUGCAGGAGCUAAAAAGGCGGAAGCCAGGGUAAAUGACAUAUUCGCCGUUAAGAAGACGCACGGCGAGGGACUCAGGGAUUUCUUAGCCCGGUUUAACAGGGUGAGAAUGAGCUUGUCGAACGUGUCAGAGGGGAUGGCGGUAGCAGCCUUCCAGAACGGGUUAAGCAAGAAUGGGUCGAGAGCGACCAGAAAACUUGUACGCACUAGAGAAGCUCGGCACAAAGGAACAGUGGCCGCAAAAGAUAAAGUCCGACCCGAGCACUCGGAAGUCGAACGUUCUUUUCAAAACUUUGCUGGAGCUCAGAUGCAACAGGCAGUAGCUUUAAGAGCAACUGCUGAUUCAUGCACCUUCUAUAGGUGUAAAUUCGACGGUUUUCAGGACACCUUAUACGCACACUUUGGCAAGCAGUUUUACAGGGAGUGCACAAUUUUGUGUACCGUUGAUUUUAUUUGUGGCGAUGCAACUGCGGUGUUCCAAAAUUGUUUAAUUGAAGCACGUAUGCCACUUCCUGGCCAAUAUAUUACCAUCACAGCACAACAGAAAAAUAGUAAAAAAGAAGCAUCAGGACUCGUGUUGCAAAAUUGCACUGUACAAUUAGCAACUCCAUAUGCGGGUAAUGUGACUAUGUAUUUAGGGCGGCCGUGGGGUAACUUAUCAAGUACUGUGAUUAUGCAGAGUUACAUAGACCUAUUGAUAAAUCCAAAAGGCUGGAUAGAGUUUCAGGGAGAGCCCCUAGUUCACCCAUUCUAUAUGGAAGUCAAAAAUAGAGGGCCUGGUGCAAACACAACAAGACGUGUAACGUGGACGCGUAAUGAUCCUAAUGUCGCAUCAAGUUUCACUGUCAGGAAUUUUAUCGAGGGUGAUAAAUGGAUACCCUCCACAGUCCCACACUACUUGGAUCUGCUAUGA